AUGAUCCGAUCUCUUUCAGCCUUCAGCUUGCAGUCAUUAUUCUCAUUGUGUCUCUUUGUAUUGAUGGUCACUACUGUCGAGACUGCUGCUACGGAUCAAUAUGCCACGAUCAAUCUAGCCCAAAGCAGUGAUACGUGCAGCUUCAGUGGUCAAGUCUUCCAGCGAGGGGAAAGCUAUGGAGACAGCUUUGUUACACGAUGCGGUUCGGCUGCUGAUUUCCCUUGCUACUGCAAUCCCGACUUGAGUCCACCCAUUGAAUGCAACUACUGCAGUUUUGCCUUGCAAGGAGGAGGUCUAUCGUGCGCUCGCGAUGAAGAAAUGGUCCGCUUUACCGAUUUGAAAGGGGUGGAUCAAACCUGCAGCUGUCAAGCGUCAGGUGGAAUGAAUCCAUCCGCCGAGUGCACGAUUGGUAUGGUGGAUGACAGCACUAGCGACAACAACAACAACGACGACAACGAUAGCGUGUCUGGAAAUAAUAAUGAUCAAACUGUCGAUAACGACAACAAUACAGACAAUGACACUGAUAAUGUGGUUAUUGAUGAUGGCAACAAUAAGGACGAUCUCAACGAUUCCUCUUGUCUUGUCAUUUUGCCAAGUGGCGCCGAGAAGAUUGUUCCCAAUGGCAACUAUAUUUACGAAGGAGAAAAGGCAAACAUCUGCGGAGACGACUAUCCCUGCUUUUGCAACGAGGGACAAGUGGAAUGCCCUUACUGUACCUUCAACGCCAUUGAUGAUGACGUCGUCUGUGCCAGAGACAAGGAAAGUGUCAUCUUUGAAGGAUCAGACUUCAAUGUUCGCUCUUGCACUUGCCAGCUGAACGUGAACUCUACUGAUGGUAACGCCUUUUCUUCCGACUGUGUCGAAUUGACAUCAGCUCCAAGUGUAGCGCCAACUGCAGAACCGACAGCCGACCCCUUCUUGAUUGCCGAUAUGGACUGCGAAAUCAAAGAUGGAAAAGGAAAUAUUGUCCGGAUUGAGCACGGAGCAUCCUUUGGAUCCCUUGUUCAAGGCAAAUGUGGGUCUGCCGAAGACUGGCCUAGCUUUUGCAACAAGCAAUCAUCGCCAACGUUUAGUCGCAACUCACUUCAAGACGAUGUGGAAUAUCCGUAUUGUGUUUUCGACAAUACCUAUUCGGGGGACACUGUUUGCGCCAGAGACAAUGAAGAAGUCACCUUUUUGGACAACAAUGGUUUCCUCUUGGCCUGCCGGUGUCGGGCGCCCAUUGGAUAUGGACAAGGGGGCAUGACUACAUGCCGAGACGCUUCCGAGCAGGAAACGUCCUUCACUUGGUCGCCAACAGAAGCUCCCAAGGUCGACGUGGCAUCAGCCACCACCAUGCCGUUGAUGGCUGUCGCAACAGUUACAAUCAUGAUUAGUCUGCUGCAAGUGGCAUAG